CAUAGUUGUGGGUUGAAUAGCAGAGGGGUGGGUUUGGAUGGGAACAGCCAGAGAUGGAGCCUGAUGUGCAGCCUGGAGUUCAGGACAGAACUUCACGCUGAAGUCGCCAGAAUGCUGGAAGGAAUUGGCUUAAAAAUUUGUUGCUUUUAACUUAUGUAAACUUUUUCUUGACUCUUUUAUCAGUUCUGUUUAGACUCAUUCCAUAAUUCCAUUACUGAAGCUGUUUGUAGCUUCUCACUAUGAAAUUCAUCUAACUCUGUUUUGUACAGGUCUAUCUCUGGUUGUAAUUUGGGUGUUCUAAAUCUCCUGAUGAUGCAUUUUCAGCUGUAAGAGCUGAUAGAAAAGAGGGGGGAAGGGCGCUUGCGUUGGACUGAUCUCUUAAAAUUUCUUCAGUGACAGUAGACUCCCUUUCUAUUAACAACAAAGCCUCUGGGUGCCUUACUCAGCUUCUGAUUAUAUUACUCAAAUUUGCAAAUCUAUUUUCCAAUUGAUGAUGGCACUGGCUAGCUGUGGUUGCAUGAUUUGGGCUAAUGUGGUGGUUAUUUCAUCUAGCAACAUUCCACGAGGUUUUGCUUCUGUAUGUUAUUUGAUUUAACACCAGACUACAUCUAAAUAUGUCUUUCAGGAAAAUUAAAAACUUAAACCUUGAACAUUUGUUUAAAUACAACACGACAGCAUGCUGUCAGUCAGUUACUUUCAAGUUCAUGUUCCUAGUAGAUUAGCUGGUAAUGUCAGAGGAUUUUUCUCCUGUUCCCGCAUAAUGUACAAGACCAUAAAGUUUCCAGUAGGAAUAACUGACUCUAGGGUUCAGUGAUUGAUAAGAUUUAUAAAUCUGUAAUGCAGACUAGACCUCCUAUUUUAAAUGUCUUUCUAAUACCUGCAGCCUCUUUGUGGCUGAUAGUCCUGAGGGGAGUCUGCAUGUGGCCUCUUAUUAAAACUAUGCCCAUAUCCACAAACUUCACAGAGACUUGGACAGAAUCUUUGCAUUUGUUUGCUAAAACUGACAUGACUGCUCAUUUCAUCAGUCUUCAUUUCCUGAAGCAUAGACCGCAGUUGCCAAAAACUGUCUGACUCAUCAGGCAAUUGAAUUUGGGUGGAAUCUGCUUUUUCAUAACUUUGGAUCUUCCUUUCUGCAUUUAGUUAAAAAAAAAAAUCAAAAUAAUAAAUAAAAUAAGUCAGCUUGCAAUGCCAUUGUAGCUAACCUGGGAAAUGGCGCCAGAAAUACUACUAUGUUAAGCUGAUUAUGCUACAGCUACAGGGUACUACUGCCUGGUGGCUGUAGAAUAAUUAGCACUCCACCCUCCACAUGCCAGGAGCAUUGUCUUGUCAUACCCAUUCAAGCCAACCUGUAACUGAAUGAUUAGCUGUGCUAAUGUUAGCCAAACAGAGCAGUUUCUUACAUUUAGACUAGCCUUGUACCCUAAAUUUAAAUUCCAGCAUACACUGCCCUCCUAAGGCUUUUUUUGUGUGUGUAAUGCUCUGCAAUCUGUGACGGCAGUUUAACAGAAAGCAGUUUCUGUGCUUUUGACACAAUGGAAAAUUAUAGUCUUGUUUUCUUUGUGUCCCAGUGUAAAAUGCAACUUGGUUAACAAGUGAAUGCAUUACUCUCCAAAAAGAAAUUCAGUUUAUGCCCAGUCAUGCAGCUCUACUGCUAGCCUACGUGUUGAGAAUAUUGAACUCUUGCCUAAAUAUAUUGUUUGUUGUGUAUUGUUUGACCCAGAGGCUCUCUCAGCCAUGUCCAAAAGAUACACAUACACUCUGUGGGUGGAGCUUACUGCCUUUGCUGUCCAGUGGACACUGUUCACUGUUCCCUCCCUUCAUGUAAUGCGUGUGAUUUACUGCAUGCUGGAGUGUGUGUGUGUGUGUGUGUGUGCCUGCGCGUGGUAGAUAAUAGACAUUGUGCAUCACAUUUCUCAGUACUGUUGAAAUGCAGAAAUGGUAGUCACAGGCUUGGCCACCUUAAAAAUCAAUAUUGACAAAGGAUGAAGGUGUUAAAAUCAACUGAGCCUUUUUUUGAAUUCGUAAAAGUAUCACAAUAAAAUACUUUCUCAGACAUUUUUUCAGCUCGCACGUCUGACUUGUACUUGAAGCAUAGUUGCACAUUUUUGCCACAGCCGAUGCAUCUUUUUCUGCACAGUCGAUGGAUUGUUGAAUGCACAGAGUGGGUGACUUGGGGAAAUUGGAUCUUUACUCUCAGCAGCUCUCCUGUCCCUGAUUCACUCUGGUAGCAGCGCUGUCAUUUUUUUUCUCUCUGAAUUAUACAUAGGGAUUUUUUUUUUUUUAAUUUUUCCCCUUUCAUAUGAAGUGUUCCCAUAUUACAUAACCCUUGUCUUUUUGAUUCUGUGGUUUCGGCCUGGUCGGUUUAGCCUCAGCAAGUGAUGCUCUGCAACUGCAUUAAGUGUCACCGUCCUGCGAGGUAGCGUCCCCUGAUUCUGGCAGCCAGUCUCUGCUCCUCUCACACACUCACUCUCUCCCUCUGUGUCUUUUGAUCCCUUUACCUCUCCUUUCCUCCGAGCUCAUUGCGAUGCACAUGUUCUGCAGUCUGAGUGACCUUCAGAAUACGUUUCAUCUGUUCCCACUUCUCACCUUCUCAUCGCCUGCCUGUACACACAUACUGCCCCUGAUGAUUAAAAAAAACACUUCUUUCUCUGGGUUGGAGUUUAUUUAUUUAGAUCAUCCCCUUUCAAACCUCUCAUGGAGACAGCCAUGACAUAUUAAAGAGGAUGAAAGAAGGGUGUGUCAAAGUGUGAUUUACUUAGUCCAGAGUGUCAGAGGUUGUGUUUUACCAGCAAAAGAAGGAAAAAAAGAGCAGGAAUUUGUGCUAGUGUGCAGAGUUUAGUGAGAACAGUGAUAUAUGCAUGCUAGUGUGAGAAAAUGGGAUAAAUUACGUGCUGGCAUGAUUGUGUUAAUGUGUCUUUGUAUGUAUGUCUCGACUCCUCUCUGUAAAUGUGAGUUGGUCCUGUGAAUACUGCAGCCUCAGCUGGAUGCAGUGGAUCAGCUGCUUCCUCCAUCCCCAUCUCAUUUCUCUUCUGUCAUCCUCUCCCCCCUUGUACUGUCCGCCCCUCCCCCCCAUUCUCUUUGCUUCUCCCGCCCUCCCUCUUUCUCUGUGCACCUCUACCUCCAGCAGCAGCAGUCUUGAGCAUCCUUGCUGCUGCUGCUGUUGCUGCUGCUAUAAAUAUCUGCUGGUAGCCGUAGAGCAGCAGAGAGCAGCAGGCAGGCCAGAGGGAGGAGCAGAGGACAGGACGGCAUAGGACGGGGGGGGGAAACGAAUUGAAGCAGAGAGGAUAACGAGAUGACAGGCGAUUGAGCCCGAACAAGAAGACUGGGAGAAAUGAGGAGAGGGGAGCUGACCAGUUAACUCUAAGACAGACCAGAAUGUGUGCUUUCGUGUGCACUGAAUUGUACAGUUUUAAAGGUUGGCCUGUGCUGGACUUGGAAUCAGAUUCAGGCCUAAACUUCACCUGGACUAUUCAAACUGCUUCUGGAGCUGGAUUGGCUUGAGCUGAGUUAAGACUAAGACUCAACAGUCAAAACUGGAGCCGGACCGUCCUUUCUGAUCUCAGAUACCCAAACUUUUCAUACAAGGGACCCAAGAAAACCCCAUCGAAGCUGCUGGCUGUCUAGUUUUGUGCGGACAUGCAGGCCAUCAAGGGCCGGGGUGGGGCUGAGAUGUCAUGCUCCUGUGUUGCUGGUGGUGCCUGAGGCCUGAGGCGGUGGAGCUGGAUGGCAGGAGGGUGGACCACCGAGUGUUGAACUGCGAGGCAACUGCCUCCACCGCCAUCGCAGCAGUUUCCCUUGACCAGUGGGAGCCAGAAACGGCCAACACUGCUUUAUCGAGCUCCCAGAGUGUGAAGAAUUCGAGCUAUAGUCUACCAUCCUACCACCCUUACAGCAACAGUUAUGACUACUCGGACCAGAGCAGGCAGAGCGAGCGCUCAGGCUUGUGUGGACUCUCAAACCUGGGCAACACCUGUUUCAUGAACUCUGCUGUGCAGUGUUUAAGCAAUACCCCUCCGCUGACGGAGUACUUCCUCAAAGACAAGUACACAGAUGAGCUGAAUGAGGACAAUCCACUGGGCAUGAAGGGGGAGAUUGCCAAAGCCUACGCGGAGCUUAUUAAACAGCUGUGGUCAGGCAAAUACAGCUACGUCACCCCAAGGCCUUUCAAGACCCAGGUGGGCCGCUUUGCUCCCCAGUUCUCGGGCUACCAGCAGCAGGACUCUCAUGAGCUUCUGGCUUUCCUUUUGGAUGGCCUACAUGAGGACUUGAACCGCAUCAGAAAGAAGCCCUACAUUCAGCUCAAGGAUGCAAAUGGUCGGCCUGAUAAGGUUGUGGCAGAGGAGGCGUGGGAGAACCACAUUAAGAGAAAUGACUCCAUUAUUGUGGACAUCUUCCACGGUCUUUUCAAGUCGACUCUGGUGUGUCCUGUGUGCUCGAAGGUCUCUGUGACCUUUGAUCCUUUCUGCUACUUGACCCUGCCACUGCCCAUGAAGAAGGAACGGACACUAGAAGUUUAUUUAGUCAGACUGGACCCUCUGGCCAAACCCACACAGUACAAACUAACUGUGCCGAAAGUGGGCUACAUUUCUGACCUGUGUACCUCCCUGUCCAACCUGUCAGGCGUGCCUGCUGAAAAGAUGAUUGUAACUGACAUCUAUAACCACCGUUUCCACCGGAUCUUCGCCACCAAUGAAAACCUCAGCAGCAUUAUGGAGAGAGAUGAUAUUUAUGUCUUUGAGGUGGCGGUGAACAGAGUGGAGGACACAGACCACGUAGUGAUCCCAGUGCACUUGAGAGAAAAGUACAAGCAGUCAGGAUAUAACCACACGAGCACGCCGCUGUUUGGACAACCCUUCCUCAUCGCCGUCCCCAGAACCCUCAGUGAAGACAAGCUCUACAACAUGCUGCUCCAGCGCCUCUGUCGGUUUGUGCGAUCUUCUGUAGAGGAAGAAGAGGACGACUGUGAAGAGACACAGCCAUCUAAACAACACACUGUUAAUGGUAAUGCCACUAAUGGACUGUUGGAGGAGGGGUCACCGAGUGAGAUGGAGACCGAUGAGCAGGACGACGAGUCCAGCCAGGAUCAGGAGCUGCCCUCUGAAAACGACAACAGCCAGUCGGAGGACUCUGUCGGUGGGGACAAUGAGCUUGAGAACGGUGUGGUCGGCCCACAGAAUUCCACCAGAGGCCAGCAGACGUCCGGACACAGCAGGAAGAGACUUUUUACAUUCCAGUUCAAUAACAUGGGAAAAACGGACUUCUCACUCAUCAAGGAGGACACCAGGCAGAUCCGCUUUGACGAGGGACACCUCCGACUUAGUGACCGCUCUUAUCUCUCCUUGGACUGGGAACCAGAAAUCAAGAAGAAGUAUUUUGACGAGACUGUUGUUGAGGACUGUGACAAGCACGAGAGCAUGGAGUACAAACCUCAAAAAAAGGCUUUCUUCAAGCUGAAGGACUGCAUCGAACUGUUCACCACAAAGGAAAAACUGGGGGCAGAGGACCCUUGGUACUGUCCCAACUGUAAGCAGCACCAGCAGGCCACAAAGAAGCUGGACCUGUGGUCUCUGCCACCAGUGCUGGUGGUCCAUCUUAAACGCUUCUCAUACAGUCGCUACAUGAGGGAUAAACUGGACUCGCUUGUUGACUUCCCGCUCAGAGAUCUGGACAUGUCUGAAUUCCUGAUCAACCCCAAUGCCGGGCCCUGUCGCUACGACCUCAUUGCUGUGUCCAAUCACUAUGGUGGGAUGGGAGGGGGCCACUAUACUGGUUAUGCUAAAAACAAAGACGAUGGAAAGUGGUACAACUUUGAUGACAGCAGCGUGUCUCCUGCCAGCGAAGAUCAAAUAGUGUCCAAAGCAGCCUAUGUGCUGUUCUACCAGCGCCAGGACACAGUGAAAGGCACCGGCUACUUUGCUCUCGACCGAGAGGAGGAGGAAGAGGAGGAGGAAGAUGAAGAAGAGGAAGGGGAGGAUGAGGAGAACGAGGGCGAGGAGAGGAGGGAGAGAAAAACCGCCUUGUCCGCUCAGGGAGGCUUGUCUGCUGCCGCUGCCGCCGCUGUUCAAAGCGACGACGAGGACCCUAAUGAGAACCAGUGCAGGAAGAACGACGAAGAGCAGGAAGACGAGGAGGAAGAGGAGGCGGCGGAACAGGCGCCCAAUCGAGACGUCGCCAUGAAAACCAACUGAGGGAAUCGAGGACAUGAAUAUAUAUAGAGAGAAUGGGAUCUUUCCAUCCAAAGCCAUACGGACACACGGCGUGACAGCGGGCGCCACUGGUCCCACCCAGCGGCUCGGACUUAGCUGCUCGACAGGAAGAACCACUGCGGAGACAUCAGCUGUUGGGUCAGGGGGCUACAGGGGUACGCAACUCUUAAGAAAUCAGGGCCCUCCUCUGUGGUUGGAUCACUGUGUGUGUUUGUGUGUGUGUGCGUGUGUGGCCACGUUGUUUGUUUAGAAUUUGCUCACUUGCUCUCUGAGAAGAGUCACUAAACAGCCGGGAUCUUUGUUUUUUUUUUUUUUUUUUUUUUACAGCUUUGAAUCUCAGUUUUAUUAUUAUUUUUUUUAAAGUACAUAUCUUUAAGAGGAAUGCAUUUUUGGCAUAUCAUUUUAGCAUCAUCGUUUAGAUUUUGUAAAUAUUUUAAACACUGAAUUGUACCGAGUUUUCAUGAUGCGCUGAAACAUUUUUGAACUUGCACAAUCACCAACCAUCCGCCCCGCUUUUCUUUCCUUUUUUUAAAAUUUUAAAUGUAUCGAUGCCAGACAUACUGCAACUUUGUGUCAGUUUUCUCACAUACAGAGCUUAGGAAGCUGCCUUUAGAAAGCCAGUGCUGAGACGCCACUACACUAAGAAAUAAUGUUGAGAACUGACAGUCGUUGCUGUGUGGGUUUUUUUCUUUUUUUAAAUAGCCAUCCAGCCGAGCUAGCUCUGUCAUGCUGCUGCGAUCUUAGAUUUUUACACAUGAUUAACAUACUGGCAUGAGCCUUGGAGAACUUAAGAUCCUGCUUUUGCUCUGUCUAUAGUCCUCUCUGUUUAUAAUUCUUCAGUAAAGCAGGACUGAGAUAUUGCGUGGCUAACUUUACAAAGAAACCACACUGCAUCUCUCCAUAUUUUAAAUAUUAGGAAAUGCUCUUUUAGAAGUUUAUAUCCGGAAGUCAAACCUAUAUGUAGUGAAGUGGUGUUUAAGGAGUUAGCAGAGAUUCUUUACUCCUCUUCACCCGCUCCUGAAGUUGUACUUCAUUAGAUGGUAUUUAAAGCUUUAUUGUGGCUACGUUCUUAAGAUUUUAGGCACUUUGAGAUUAGGGACAUCGGUGAUUUCAUUGUCUCUUGUUUGAAUCGCCUCGGCCUUAACUCUUAAUCUCAGACCAGUCGCCUUUUCUUUGCACACGGCCGUCACACCAUCUCUCGAUAUUACGCGAGCACUCGUCUAUGAAUGUCCAUGUUACUUGCUUGAUAUCUCCCAGCCACGUCACACCAGUUUCUUUUAACCCACAAGAGGGCCAGAAUGUAUGCUGAAUGAACCAGACCACAUGUAUGUGACUGAUGCCUUUUAAGUCAUCCUUUCUUUCUUUCACUUCUCCCCAUGGCCCUUUCGAGUUUGAAAGGUGAUGGAAAUGGGUGUUCUUUGCAUUUUAUAUUACCUGUAUGAAUUUCAUGGGUAUUAGCUGAAUGCGUCCCUUUUUUGUGGUCCUGAGCUUUGAGGAGGAGAGAGGGAGACAAAACUUAAAAAAAACAAAAACAAAAAAACAUUUUGGGGUGAGUGUGCCUAAAAGGCCUUUCAGCUUCUCGGGAUCAUGAUACAGUGAAAAUAUUUUGUGGCACAUCGUUGGCAGGAUAUUCCUCCAUCGACGUAACUCGCGGUAAAACUCUAUUCUCCAUGGUGGAGUGCGAUGUUUUCUUUUCUACCUGCUCUUUCCAUUGUAAACAGCAUUAGCGGAUCUGUUGUUGCCUCAGAAUAUUAGAUGUGUAACAUGCCUUUAAGAGCAUCUCUGUGCUUCGACUUCAGGUGGCUUUACCGCCUCAGUGCUGCCUUGCUUUUUGGGCAACUCACCCCAUCCUGAGUGAGAUGUGAUUGCUACUAUAGGCUUAUACAAUACUGUACAUAAGAGUUCACUCUGUGAGUGCACAUUUGAUAAAAUUUAUUUAUUUAUAUGUAAGCAUUUAAUAAUAAACAAUAUAUUUAAAACCUUGGCAAGACGUGAAAUGUCAGGGGUAACGUGGCUCGAGUCCACACAUACACACUAGUUUGCAGAGUCUUGCCUGUGCUCUCGUCAGGGAGGGAAUAUUUUUUAAACAAAGGAUGAUUCUGUUUUGGGACUUUUUUUGUAAAGAUAAUCCAGACAUCCUUGCAUGAUGAUGUAUGGGGUGAGGGUGUGGGUGAGGGUGGGGGUGGGGAGUUACCAGGUUUGGCUGCACUUGAGUUCACUUGGGUUUACAUUUGAAAUGUGCAUGUGUAUUUAUACACAAUCUUCAAUAAAGUUGUGUAAAGCUU